AAAUGAUUGCCGAAGAGCUCCAAUUGCUCCCUGUGCAUGUCCACUUCCUCAUUCCUCAGCUCUACCCACCUCCCUCCAGCCAAUCUUCUCCUCUCCCGGGAAUUUUGCCUUCCUAUUGGCUAUCUCUGACCUUUCACCUGCCUCUCCAGUGACAUCAUUCUACAGGCUAAACUGCCCCCCCCACCUCAUGGAAUCUUGGGGUUUCCAUGGAGUUGUUGGUAAACAACUUUGGAUCAUCACCAGUGGCAAGUGACCAGUGGUCAGUUGCCAGUGACCAGUGACCCUCGUACUGGACACAUGCGCUCUUCAGCACCUGCUACCCAGACGUCCUCUGGUAUCGCCUCCUCAGCGGUUUUACCUACAGUCAACGUAUCCUCUUCUCUGACCAUGUCAGAGAAUCCCCCGAAUCCACCUUUCCUUGGGACUGCAACUGCCCUGCCGCUCUCCAUCCCCGCAGGGAGCAGUGCAGCUUCCCUAACAGGAAGCCUCACCAACUUCUCCACAGUCUCUGCCCCAACGGUCGGCUCAGCAUGGUUACUGUCAUCAGCUGCUGCCACCUCUUUCCAGCCACUCAUGGGCAGUGCCUACCUCUACCAACAACAUUCAGCCACAACAAUGCCCUCUGCAGUGUCUGCCCAGAGCCAGACCUCCAUGUCUGCUGCCUCCUACCCAGCUGCUCUACAAUGGCAGCUCACAGCAGGCACUGCACAGAACCCCUCAGCACUCGGGGACUUCACUCAGGGCACUCGCACCAACCACAACACAGCUGGUCCUUGCACAAUGAUGACAGCCCCAUAUCACCAAAACGCAGGGGCCAAUGCCCCGGUCCCUCUCUUUCCAUCAUUCAUUCCGGGCACAGCAGCCCAGAUUCCUAGUCAGGGACAUGGCUUGUCACUUCCAUACCUGCAAGCAAGCCAGAUCCACGACCAUCAUCAAGCCACAGAACAACAUUUCAAGGUGAGUGGAAACAAAAUGGUAGCAAAGGAAGAACAUCCCAAGAGGAUCAAAUCUGCAUUUCAGAGGGACAGCUCAGCAACCAUCACCUAG